GAGACAAAGAGUUCCGGUAGCAUGUAAGAAAGUCGCUUCCAUACGUUGCUCCCUUUUGGCUCCUCUCCUCUUUCAGAUAUUGAAUUUUCUCUUCAAGGUGAAGUAAGAGAUGAAGCGCAUGUUUUCAGAAGUAGAACUGUCUCGAGACGUGGCUAUACCUGCCAAACACUUGAAGGGCCAUUCGCCACCACACCAACAUAUUCUAACCAAACUACUCCAAGAUCUGGUACAAGAGAAAGCAUGCAGAGAACACGGGUUCUAUCUUGCCAUCACCGCCUUAAAAAGCAUCGGUAACAUCAACAACAGCACAGAAGAUGACAAUCCUCAAGCAGACGUCUUCACAUUCCCUGUAUCCUUCACUUGCCGCACAUUCUUGCCUGCACGAGGAAAUAUCAUGGUGGGGACCGUAAUGAAACUCUUGUGUAACGGUCCUAACGGAGCUGCUACAGCAGUUUUGAUAAGUUCUGGUCCACUCAGAUACGCAUUCUUAUCGCACUUGAAAAUGCCGGAUUACCAUUAUGUCCCGCCCAAGUCGGAGGAGGAAGAGCCGUGUUUUCAGAAAGAUGAUCUCACCAAGAUAGCUGUUGGAGUUGUUGUGCGGUUUGUGGUGUUGGACCGUCGGUUUAAGGUGAGUCCAGAGAAGAGAAGAACCGAUGUUUACGUUCUGGCCUCUGUGGAAGGUGAUGAUACACUUGGUCCAGUCUCUCUUACAGGGUGUGAUAGGCCUUAUAUAUGAUUGUUGCAAGUCCCAAAGUAACCCAAUGUUGUAGUCUUUUGGGUUCCAAGUUAUUCUCACUCUCAUUGGGUUCUUUCAUGAUAGUUCUUUAGUAUAGGUGAAGGAACUCAUCACUCAUUAAUGUACACAAAGUUUCUCACUUUUUCCUCUUUCUCUGAUCUUCUUCCAACGAAAACCCAAAAUUCA